AUGAUGAAGAUCUUGGCCUUGGCCCGGAAGGUGAAGCUGAUGGUGCUGGCAAUCCAGUCUCAGGUCAUGAUGGAGGUGAAGCUGCUCCUGCUGAAGCCUCAACUCUUGGCGGUCUUGGCCCAUCUUCGACCAUUCCAGAAACAGGAGGUGAGACAUCGCUACAUCGCAACCCAGGACCUCGCUUCUGUGCCGCACCGGAAGUUGAUGGUAGUGCAAAUCUUUGGGCGGCUAGAGCUGCGGCUGCUUUUCCAUAUCCAAGCCUGCUGGCACAACAUCGUGCGCACAGAAGCGCUGCUGCCGAGGAACUGGGCGAUUUUCCUGUCCCUCAACAACUUCAAUGGCAGCUACAGCAAAUUCAGCCAGCUUUGCGACGCGCGCCACAGUGAUGAAGACAAGUUUGACCCGACCAUCAGCACUGACUAUCAGAUUUACCAGAACCUCCGGCAUGAGAUGGGAGUCAUUGUGAGGACAGAGAAUCCUGAUGCCAAGAAGGUGUUGAACAUUGUCCCGGUUGACAAGACGAAAGCACAGAUCCUUGGGCCUAUGGAUGGUCAAUACUACGGUGUCAUCAAGUUCGGCAAUUUGUGUGUCCAUGACUACUUGUGCGCCGUACUGAAUAUGCACGACCAGCUCUUCCCAGAGAAGCAGUCGUGCUUCGUGCAAUGCAUUUUACGUGACCAGUUGAUCGACCAGGGGCAGUGGACUAUGCACAUGAAAGAUUUGGCCUUUCCCAAAAAGGCACCUACUCCGAAGAAGGCACCUACUUCGAAGAAGGCACCUACUCCACCUACUCCGGCGAAGGUGAAGCCAAGCGAGAAAACAAAAGUGAAGAAAAACUCCAAGUGA